AUGGUUUGCAACUUCCCCAUCACCAGAAUUGAGGAAUUGAAGGAGAAAGUAAGGAGAAAACUCAUGGCUACGGACAAUGAGUUGGAGCUCAUCAAAUCUAUCGAUUCCCUCCACCGCUUCGACAUCGCUUACCACUUUGCUCAUGAGAUCGAGGCUAAGUUGAUCUCCAUCUACCAUAAAUUCGGUGGAUCCGACACCAGUGAUCAUAACUUGCAUACGGUAGCCCUUCAGUUUAGACUCUUCCGGCAGCAAGGCUUCUACGUUUCCCCAGAUGUGUUCCAAAAGUUCAAGGAUUUUGAAGGGGGAUUCAACCUUGGUUUGGCUAAAGAUUCAAGUGGUUUAAUGAGUUUGUAUGAAGCUUCAUACUUCCAGUGUCCAGGAGAAGACAUACUUGGUGAGGCCAGGGUCUUUGCUAAGGCACAUCUUGAGGCACUAAUUCCACUUCUUCACCCCUCUCCAGCCAACCAAAUCCGGCAUGUGCUAGAGCAUCCUUUGCGUUUAACGUUGCCAAGGAUUGGAGCAAGACACUAUAUAGAACGUUCUUGUGAAGAUCAAGAAAUGGUAGAACUGGCAAUAUUGGAGUUCAACUAUGUGCAAUCCCUUCACCAAAGAGAUCUUCAAGAAUUUUCUAAGUGGUGGGAAGAGCUUGGGAUAAUCAAGGAAAUGGGAUUUCUUACAAGAAACCAGCCUGUGCUGUGGUUCAUGUUAUCCACUUUGGCGUUGCCAGAGCCACAAUUCUCCCGGUUGAGGAUUGAAUUUGCCAAAAUCACAGCACUGAUCUUUGUUAUCGAUGAUCUGUUUGAUGUUUAUGGAGAUGAUCAGUUGGAUGAUCUGGUUCUCUUCGUUGAAGCUUUCAAUAGACUCAUGGUCCUGACACAGAACGGCUGUGACAUACUUCAGCAUUCCAAAGCAACGGUCCCAAUGGAGCUGCUCGAUGCCACCGCAAGCCUCAUCUUCCUUCCUGCUGCAAUAUUCCGACUGUGGGAUGAUCUUGGUUCCUCCAAGGUUGAAAGAGAUCGAGGAUACGAUGCUUCCUACGUAGAGUUCUAUGCAAAGGAACGCAAUGUUUCCAAAGAAUAUGCGCGGAAGGAAACUUUGAAUUUGAUUGGCGAUGCGUGGAAGAAGCUGAACCAGGCAAGCCUACAAAGUGGUCUUCAAGAUUUCACUCCGGCCUUCAUCAGGUUUUCCGUGAAUUGUGCACGCAUGGGGCAGCUGUUACACUCGUAUGGCAAAGACGAUCAGGAGACGACCAUCAAGGAGGAUGUUCAAAAGAUUUUUAUAGAAAAAAUUUCAAGCUGA